AUGAACGACGCCAAGCCUUCCCCAUACCCACCAGAUUCGACCGCCUCAUCCCGCGAUUUCGUCCCGUCUCUCUCCCCAGAACAGCUGCCCCAAGCGCAUCACGCCUGGUCCUUCCCCCUCUCCCCCGUCCCCAUCCUACCGAACGAUGACCCCAGCCUCGAUCUUGGGGUACCCGCGCCCGGCAUGAUGCCUCCCGAGUCCGACGAAUCCCCCCUGGCCUCCUCCGUGGGAAUGGCCCUGGGCCAUGACGAUGCCGGCCUCCCCGACGACCUCGACACCCAGAGUCGCGCCAGCUCGCCCGACCCCGGCAGCGUGCCUACCGCCGGCGAGUCAGGCUUUCAUCUCCCUGAGGAUGAUGGCCAGGGCCGUCCGCGGGAGGAGGAGGGGAGGGAUGACCCCGCACCUAGCGACGAGCAGAAGAAUGACAAUGACAACGACAACGACAACGAAACCGGAAAGCCCGCCUGGAGUGAGUUGAAGACGAAGGCUGGGAAGGAGCGAAAACGCCUGCCGCUAGCGUGUAUCGCGUGCCGAAGGAAGAAGAUUCGCUGCUCCGGCGAGAAGCCCGCGUGCAAGCAUUGCUCUCGCUCGCGGAUCCCAUGCGUCUACAAGGUCACGACGAGGAAGGCCGCCCCGCGGACGGAUUACAUGGCUAUGCUCGAUAAACGAUUGAAGAGGAUGGAGGAUCGCGUGAUCAAAACGAUCCCGAAGGAAGAGACGCGCGAUAUGGCGGCCAUCGGUCGGUCGAACGUCCGCCCGCCGCAGCCGGGACAGAAUUCGAAGAAUCAGAAAAAACGGUCGGCUGAUGAGGCCUUUGCGGCGGAGAUGGACGGAUGGACUCGUGAAGAUCGCCGAGCACCGCAGGACACAUUCCCGAUGCGUCGGGAAGGCAAACCGACCGACAGCAGUAACCUGUUGACGGAAGGGUCUGAGUUUUUACCCUCGUUGGAAAUCCAGGAACAUCUGGCGGAGGUGUUCUUCGACUGCGUAUACGGACAAUCCUAUCUCCUUCUUCACAAACCCAGUUUCAUGCGAAGGCUGAAGGCCCGGACGGUCCCGCCAGCCUUGAUUCUGGCCGUCUGCGCCGUAUCAGCGCGCUUCUCAACCCAUCCGCAGAUCAACUCCGACCCGCCUUUUCUACGCGGAGAGAAUUGGGCAAAUCCCGCCGCGGCCAUCGCCAUGAGUCGACACGACGAACCCAACAUUACCAUCUUGACCGUCUUUCUGCUCCUGGGUCUUCAUGAAUUCGGAACUUGUCACGGCGGACGGAGUUGGUCAUUCGGCGGUCAGGCUCUUCGUAUGGCGUAUGCUCUACAACUGCAUCGGGAGCUUGACUACGAUCCGUUGAUGAGUCAAAACAAUGCCAAUGGGUCGCAGCUCAGCUUCACCGACCGCGAGAUUCGGAGGCGGACGAUGUGGGCGUGCUUCUUGAUGGACCGUUACAACUCAUCCGGAAGUCAACGACCGCCCAUUGGGAACGAAAGGUUUUUGCAGAUCCAACUUCCCAUGAAGGAACCGAACUUCCAAAUGGAAAUCCCGGGGCCCACCGAAGACUUGGAUGGGAACGUCCCCAACCCCGUUCCCGAAGAUGCCGGGCAGUUGUCGAACGCCAGGGAGAAUAUGGGCGUGUCGGCAUACAUCAUUCGUGCCGUGGUGAUAUGGGGUCGCAUCGUUGACUAUCUCAACUUAGGAGGAAAGAGAAAGGAUGUACAUCCACUAUGGUCGCCCGAGUCCGGGUACGCACAUCUCAAACGGCAGAUCGAUGGGUUUUCUGAAACCCUCCCGACUCACUUGGCUUUCACAUACGAGAACCUGCAGAUCCACGCCGCCGACAGGAUCGCCAACCAGUUUCUUUUCCUGCACAUAAUUAUCCACCAGAACAUGCUUUUCCUCAAUCAAUUUGCCAUUCCCUUGUCACCGGGCGGACGGCCUCCUCGGGACAUGCCCAAGGCAUUUUUGAGCAGUGCCGGGCGAGCAGCCGUGGAGGCGGCACAUCAUAUCUCUGUACUAAUAGACCGGGCUUCUGCCUAUCCUCUGACGGUUCCGUUUGCCGGGUACUGCGCAUACUCGGCCAGCACUGUUCAUAUUUGGGGAAUCUUUUCCAAGAAUGCGCAGUUGGAGGCUCGGUCGAAGGAGAAUUUACGACAUACGUAUCGGUACCUGAACAAGAUGAAGAAGUACUGGGGGAUGUUCCAUUACAUGGUUGAAAGUGCCAAGGACCGAUACCGACAGUUUGCAGACGCCGCCAUUAAAGGCUCGGUGGCCACUCAAAAUGGCGGCCAAAUUGCGCCGAUGUUCCAGUACGGUGACUGGUUUGACAAAUAUCCUCACGGUGUCUCAAGGCAGCACUGGGAGGAUCCCGAAUCACAACGCCAGGAGAAGAAUGAUGAGGCUGUGAUGAGCCAAAAGCCCGACCUGCAGAGCGUCGAGGACUUCUUCGCCAGUCUCUCCCCCUCCCCGCAGGCCAGCAUGACGCGGCGAGCGCAUGCCAGGAAGAGCAGCAAGAUCGACAGCGCUCCGGGUCUGGAUCAGACGACGCCCACGCAGCCCAUGAUGGACAUGAACAUGGAGGGCGCUCCGGGAAUGCUGGGCACGUCAGGGACCGGCUUCCCACAGCCCGCCAUGUUCAAUCAGGGUCGCGGGCAACUAUUCGGGCAGUCGCCUUUCGAUUUCCCCGUUCCGACCGACCAACUGCCCCAGCUAGAUCGGCAGUUUGUUUAUGGCUCCUUUUCCGGCUUUGAUCCCGCCACCACGUCCUUUGUUCCGCCCGAGAACCCUGCCAUGCCUGCCGUCAACGGUGCGAAUCCGCCUGCGCCCCCUCCUCCUGCUCCUCCGCAGGACAACUCGGCCAUCUUCGCCAGCCAACUGGACCCCAACGCACCGUCGGGGACAGGCGAAUACUAUCAGCCGAGCGCCUGGUUCCUCCCAUUCAACUUGGACCCGGUCAGCGCCGGUGUCAGCCUCGACGCACAUCCGCCGCAGCCCCCGGGUCCCGGUCCCGGGGCAGUCUCGGGUCUGGAAUUCGGCGGCGCAGGGAAUCUCCCUAUGGGCGCAUACGAUCUCGGAAUGGCCGGGGUGCCUCGCGCGCAUAAAUAUGAAUGA